AUGACCAUCCAUAGUUCCAUUCAGUUGGAUGUUGAAAUCAUUGAAGAGGAGGAAAGUUCCACUGAAAUCGAAUAUGAACCAGCAUCAGCAUCCAAAAAUUCAAAUUCAAUCUCUCGGCUGUCUUCUAAUACAACGGAAAAGAAAACAAUUUCUUCGAAGUUGAAAAGAUAUUGCAAGUUUAAUAAAGAAUCGAUAAAAAUCUCGAAAUAUGCAUCAUUUUUGCAAGAGUGUCGAAGCGAUUCAUCACUCGCACAUUGUUGUGUUUGUAAAUCAAAUUUCUCGAUAGCUAAUGGGGGAAAGUAUUUGAUUGAUCGUCAUCUUGAACAAGCAAACCAUAAGCGUUUAGCAGCAAAUGAAGCUGAGAACAAAUCUCGUUCGAUGUUUGAUUUUAUACAUCCACUAUCACAAUUAACUUCGAUGAUCGCUGCUGAUCUAACAUUAGUUUAUCAUGGAAUUCGUCAUGGACAUAGUUACAAUAGUCAAUCAUGUACAGUUGAUGUUUUGAAGAAGUUAUUCCAUGACUCAACUAUUGCAAAAAAUAUUUCAUGUGGGCGAACAAAAGCUCGUGAAUUAGCUGUAAAUGUUCUAGGUAAUCAAAACUUCAUUUCUGAUGUUGGAACAUUUACUAAUCAUUGA